UGGAGUCUGCGUGCAGUCCUCGGUCCGGCGGAGUUGUCCAACUUUUUCUCACAUUUCUCCGUCCAGGAAUACAAAAGUGAUGCUCCACCGUGACCGUCCGCAUUCAGAGACAGAGGAGGACCACCGGUGACAACUUUUCUUUUCUUCUGCAGGAGUAUAUUUCGCUUUUUUUCACCUCCGAAGAAGAAGACGCAUAGUUUUGCGUCCUCCAGAAAUGUCGGACCUCUUUUAAAACGUAACAUUUCUGUCUCCAUGUGGGAAAGGGGACAUUUCAGAGACAUUUUGCCACUUUUUGUUUGUUUUAGGAUUGUGAGCUGUCGUGUUUGAGCACAGGAAUGUCUCGUUUUUAGCUCCAUGUAAAUCUUUUUGUCGCCCAGCGGACUCUGCUGCUGCUACUGGAUAUAAACGAGGACGUUUUUUUUGCGCAUUAAUUUGGUGUAAAUGGAUCGCCAGUCCAGUUUCAUUUCCAUUUGGCUACAACUGGAACUUUGUGCCAUGGCUGUUCUUCUUACUAAAGGAGAAAUAAGGUGUUACUGUGAUGCACCUCACUGUGUAGCCACCGGAUACAUGUGCAAAUCAGAACUGAACGCCUGCUUCACAAAGGUCCUGGACCCUCUCAAUGCAAACUCUCCCCUAACACACGGGUGUUUAGACCCCAUCGCCAACGCAGCGGACGUCUGCAGCAGCAGCUCCAGGGUCUCGGAUGCCCUCAGCGGAUCCUCUGCUGCGACGCUGGAGUGCUGCCACGACGACAUGUGCAACUACAGAGGCCUGCACGACCUGGCGCACACCAGGGACUCGACAGAUCACAGUCGGUAUCAGCCAGACAGCAACAACAGGAACCUCGUGACCCGGGUUCAGGAGCUGGCAUCAGCGAAAGAGGUGUGGUUCCGGGCGGCCGUGAUUGCCGUGCCCAUUGCUGGCGGCCUUAUCUUGGUUCUGCUCAUCAUGUUGGCGUUGCGAAUGCUGCGUAGCGAGAACAAACGCCUGCAGGACCAGCGGCAGCAGAUGCUGUCCCGGCUCCACUACAGCUUCCACGGCCACCACACCAAGAAGGGCCAUGUGGCAAAGCUGGACCUGGAGUGCAUGGUUCCAGUGACAGGACACGAGAACUGCUGCCUGACCUGCGAUAAGAUGAGGCAGGCUGACUUGGGCAACGAUAAGAUCCUGAGUCUGGUGCACUGGGGGAUGUACAGCGGACAUGGAAAGCUGGAGUUUGUAUGAUUCCUGCUGGGACUUUGUGACACAAACAGCCAGGACUGCGUCGAAUCGUUGGCUUUUGCUUUUUUACAUAAAAAGACAUUCCCUUUUUUGUCCGUUGGACUUCUGGGUUUGUGUUUUUUUUAAACCAGUGGCGAAAGAAUACGAGACUGAUCUCAUGCCGUGUGGUUUUUGCUAGAGGAGCACUUUACUUGAAAAUGAAAGAGCAAAGCAACGAGGAGCUGUAUUUAAACUUGAGCGGGCAGGACUGAGGUGAGCUCCGUCACUGCUCUGCAGGAUCCUGGACUUUUUUUUUUAACACUGAGCGCUGAAGGAUUCCAAAUCUGUCUUAUUUGCACAUUUGUAAAAAACAAAAGUUGUUGCUUAAAACAUGAAUUUUACACUGACACCAGGGUACAAAAGCGGACUUGUUUCUCUCGAGGAGUUUAAAAAAGAAAUCAGUGUUUUGACUGUAGGUGUGCACACUCCUCUGUGUAUGUUUCAUGAUUCAAGCUUAUUGUAAAGAUUUAAAUAUAUAUAUUUUUGUCUGAUAAAGUGACCCCUGUGUGUCUUGUUCUGGGUGAAUGUCCAACAUCUCUCUGUGAUCAGACUAUAAGCUUGAUUGUGAGCGUGAAAGAAACUUCCAUUAAAAUGACUUUUUAUUUA